AUGUUUGCUUGGCAUGCGCUUUCGCAGAGGGAGAGCUUUCCACUGGACCCGCGGACCUCGCAGACGUGGGGUCCAUGUUGUGGUAAGCCCCUACAUCUGGCUCGGCGCCCUCAAAGAGCUGGAACGUCCAUCCUCUGCAGCUCUGCAGCCUCCUGGAUAGUCCUGGCAUCUGCAUUUUGCAAUGCAAGUCGUUGCAAACGUUGCAGGUGCAAAUCGGAUGCAUCGCCAAGUCCUGCCGUGGGAGCCACCAAGCUGCUUGUGGAUGGAGAUACCCAUAGCGUUGAAGAUAUCGAGGAUGCCAUCAAGCAGCUGGAGCAAACUGGUGCAAGGGUACACACAACCGUUUUUGCACCAUCUGGUCGCGACAAACAAAAGAACUGGACACAAUUCCUGCAAUGUCAUGCGGUGACGUUUCGCCCCGUCGACCGGAACUCGCGCAAAGAUGGAGAAGCCACCGAUGGUGCGAUAAAAUGUGCUCUGAGUACUUGCAACGAUGACCAAAACUUGGCUCUCCUCACAUCCGACUACGAUUUCGUAGAUGCCAUUAAGCAAUCAAUGGACCGUGGCAGCCGGAUAUGUGUUUUCGUACCAUCGAAAAAAUGUGUGGUUAUCGAGCGCUACCAGAGUGCAGGGGUGCAGGUCCAAGAAGUGAAGCCCCGCGUGUCCAUCUUUCCGAAAGUGCGUGCAGUUCUAUGUUCAGAUGGCAGUGGGCAUGUGCAACUGGCUGAUCCAUGCCGCCCCUGGCGCGAUACUGAACGUGCCGAUGCUUGCAAAAGUUUUCUGGGUGACCUGGGCUACAUGCCCACUGGGAGAACUGACCAUUUGGUUCACUCUACGACUAAAUUCUGGUGCACAAACGAGUUGGGUUCCAUUACCGUGUUUCCUCUGCAUAUUGGCAUCAAACAGGUCCGCCAGCAAAUGCAGCACCAUGGUAAGAGAAAGUGGCAGAGAUACGCCAACAACCUGGCAUUUUUCCUUCCCAAAUCCGCACAUGGAUCAAAGCUGAAUAAGACGCAGACCGACAAGUUUGGCACAGGCAUCUCCAAGGCUUUCUUCAAGGGGGAUGGCCCUUUCCUGCUCAAAGACUCUGGGAAUCUUGUAGGCCAAGCUUUGAGAAGGCUCGGGUACAUCGACGACCACUUGAACACGGACCUCUGGGAGGCCAUGCUUGUGUUCGUGAAUGCCUCGAAGAACAAGUAUAACCUGCGGAAGCCGCUGGAUUCUCUUCCCUCCGCAACAGACACAGCUGCAGAGCUGGAGGACAAGCUCCGAUACGCCUUUCUUUCGCACUCGACAGAUGGACAGUGGUUGCCGGCACCGAAAGAUGUCCAAAUACGUGUGCACCUGCACAUGCAGGGUUUGCUGCCCCAGGUGAGGGCAGCACGCCGUGAGGUCUUUCGCGCAAUGGCCAAGUAUGCUAGCCUACACCAGCUCCCCGAGAUGAGGACCUACAACGGCUAUGUGUUCCGUCUCCUCUACCACUUGCAAUCCAGCCCGACCAAGACUGGAGCCAUCGAGAUCGCGCAGCCAGAGUCGCAGGAUAACAGAUAA